AUGAAGGAAACCGAAUCUAUUGAUGACUUCGUCGGCAAGCUAUCUGAAAUUUCAUCUAAAUCUGCAUCUUUAGGAGAAAAUAUCGACGAGUCAAAGAUAGUAAAGAACUUUCUUUCAAGUCUACCGAGAAAGAAAUACAUUCACAUAGUGGCGUCGCUGGAGCAGGUUCUCGAUCUCAACAUCACAACCUUUGAAGAUAUUAUUGGACGUUUAAAGGCUUAUGAGGAACGGGUAGGCGAAGAUGAAGCAGAUAACGAAGAUCAAAACAAAUUGAUGUACGCAAACUCGGAUAACCAAAGCACUCAAUCAAAUCGCGAGUAUAAUGGACGAGGAGGACGAGGAGGAAGGUUCAAUGGGAGAGGUCGCGGAGAGGAAGAUAUUAUCGACACUCAAGAAGCUAACAGAUUGCUCAUGCACGAAGUUGUCUACCUUAAUGAAAAGAAUGUGAAACCGAAGGAUUUCGAAGAUAGUUCCAACAACGACAGAAUUUGGUACUUGGACAAUGGGGCUAGUAAUCACAUAACUGGAAAACAUGAUUAUUUUAAAACUAUUGAUGAAUCAAUAACAGAGAAAGUACGAUUCGGCGAUGAUUCAAGAAUCGACAUCAAAGGGAAGGGGUCUAUACUUUUCGUGAGCCAAAACGGAUCAAAGAAAGUACUAGCUGAUGUCUACUACAUCCCGGAUCUUAAGAGCAACAUAAUAAGCCUCGGUCAAGCAACAGAAUCAGGGUGUGAGAUCAAGAUGAAAGAUGGAUAUCUAACCCUACAUGAUAAAGAUGGAAAGCUCAUUGUGCAAGCUAAGAGAUCAGUGAACCGUCUCUACAAAGUACUUAUGGAUAUAGUUGAUGUCGAAUGCAAUCAAGUCACUGCAUAA